UACUACGGUUGUUCUUUCGCUUACCAACUUGCAAAUUUUUGCAAUGAAUGUUGGUCAGUUAAUUUUGCUGCUGUUUCUUCAACUCUUCUUUGAUUUCGGGCAAAGUGACAAUACAUCAACCUCAUCUACCCAUGUUGACGAUGAUACAAAGUUUGUAUUAGAUUUGGUGAGAGGUGGGGUCCCAGUAGGAAUCAUCCAACUUUUUCUGCCCUCGGACUCCAAAGGCGCCGCUGGACCUUGCUUGCGUGAUACUUCUUUGAACCCGGAUAUUACCGGAAUGUGUAAAUUUGUAAAAGCAUUUGCAAAAGUCUAUGCCUCUAACCCAACAAACGAUUGGAACUCAUGCAGCAAGGAGGAUUAUGUUUGUAAUGCAAUUUAUCGAGCAGCAACUUCCAAUAACACACAAAAUUUUAAUUGUUCAUUAUGGCAACAGAAAUCGAUUCGAAAUAGAAUGAUUGAAAAAAUGAGUCUAGAUGACAAAGUGGAAUUAACAGACAAACUGAAGACUAGUCGAAAUCAAGCGCUCUUUCUUGCAACGUUUAGUUCAAAGGACUGCAGUAAGACAUGCUCGGAUGAGUGGCGACCUGUUUGCAGUGUGUCAGCCUUGCUUUUGGAUUUUUUGCCAAAGGUGCCACCUAACUGUCCUGAACCAACAACUGUGCCAUGUAACUGUCUUGAAGCAACUAAUAUGCCAUGUAACUGUUCUGAAACAAGUAAUACUGAGAUCCAAACUUGCCAAGUGUUUAAGAAUGGAACAGUCAGUUCACUGUCUGCGGGAUCCAUAGACAUCAAGUUGCCUAAGAAAUUGGUUACGAAGGAAGUAACUGUGAGUGUCUCACAGUUACUUGAUGGAGGUAAAGGGAAGACGGUUAGCACGAUGUUUAUCAUGGAAAAGAUGGUGAAUGUGUCUACUAGUACAGCAAAUGUAUCAAUGUCUGGAAGUGUAGUGGUGGUCAAGUUGCCUGACAACAAGAUGAGUGUGAAACUGGGUAGAAAGGGUGUACCAGUAAGUGUGAACGUCGCACUUGAUGGAGGUAAUGUGAGUAUGACUGCUAGCAGGAUGAAUGGAUCAGUGUCUAUCAUGGAAAAGAGGGUGACCAUGUUAACCAGUAAAUCAGAUGUGCCAACGUCUGGUAAUGAAAUGUUUAUCUUCAAGGAUAAGACAAAGACAUUAUUGUCAGUUAAUAGACAGUGGGUAAGAGUGUACACAAAGGGAACAGACACAACUAUAUUUCCUAAUAGAAAUGAAGUGACAAUACAGAAGAAAGGAACGUUUGUUUCUGCAUCCAUCAACAGCUCAACCAUCAAAGUGUAUACCAGUAAAACAAACGUGACAAUGUCCACCAAAGGGUUGAAUCUAAAGGUGCUCACUGAUACAUUGCCAAUGGCAUUUUCUAUCAAUAAAGUAGGCAUAGCAAUACAAUCAUUGGAGUGUAACCUCCACAGAUGUGAACUGGACGUGUAAUAUUUCACAACAAGCCAAUCAAACAGAAAACACAACUACACAAAGCAAAGAUGCUACAAAACCAGGUAAAUCAAAGUCACCUGCAAAUAUCCCUAACCCAAAACCAAGUCCAUUGUCACCUACAACGAGUCAAUCUAGCAGAGAAGGCAGCACCAUUUCCCUAUCUUCCUAUAAUAUUUACAUUGCAAUAGCCAGUGCCUUGGUUAUUGUGGGCUAUAUCACGUAUCACAAUCGUGAAUAUCUUUGUAAGCUCAUUGGCAAUGGAGGACAACGAGGAGACCAAAGAAAAGAACUACAAGCACCUGAAGUCGUUGAAGACGCAUUCCCAUGACAAAUUUCAUGUACGUCGAUUAGUUCUCAUGCUGGCUAUAAGAAUGUAAUGAAAAUGUAGUUCAUAAUGAAAAUGUAGUUCGUAAUGAAAAUUUAGUUUGUAGUUCGUAUUCAUUUUGUAGGGUCAGUGACGGUUGAUUUCAGGUCUAUUGAGAGAUUGAGUGCUUGCAGUAUGAUUAUGCUUUGUCCAGUAGACGUGUCUAGUGUCUUCAAUCAAUAGUAGUUAUAUACU